AUGCAAAAAGAUAUGUUGGAUGCUCGUUUUACGUUGAAGGAGGUUGAGAAGACCAUUAAAGCGAAAACAAAAGGAACAGACUCGUCUCUGUCUCUGUCGCCGUCACAAGCCCUACCUUCUUCGUCCAUAGUUUCCAUUUUCGACAGUAACCGCCUCCAAAUUAGAAAUCUUCAAGCUCUCUCUGAUCUGGUUUUCCUGAGCUAUUGGAAGUUCUAUGUCAACUAUUUCUAUGCUCCGGUUAUAACAACAAUGAAGAAGAUAUACAUUAAAGAGGUUUUACAAUUAUUGAAGAAUUUAACUGCAUAUGAGAAAGAUCCAAAUGUUAACCUUGUGAUGAUUAAGGGAAAUGGAAAAGCAUUUUCAGCUGGUGGUGAUCUUAUAUCUCUUCUACAAUUUGGAAGUGCAGGUUAUGGACAUUGGAGUUUUCAAGCAAAAUAUUACUACAAGUUAUUAACACUACUUCACUUAAACGCCACAUAUAAGAAACCCUUGAUAACCAUUGUAAAUGGAUUCGUGAUGGGAGGAGGCGCAGGUCUGUCUACAUUUGCAACAUUUAGAAUCAUUACCGAAAAUACGAUAUUUUCAAUGCCAGAGGUAAAAAUGGGCCUUACUCCAAAUUCGGGUGCCGGUUAUUUCUUCUCCAGGCUCCCAGGUUACUUUGGAGAAUACAUGGGAUUGACAGGUGCUAGAAUAGAUGGGGCUGAAAUGAUUGCAUGCGGUCUUGCAACUCAUUUUGUUCCUUCCAAGGAUCUUGUUCUUUUGAAAAGUGAUUUGGAGGAGAUAGCAGGUUUAUCAAUGAUAAUGGACAUCUCUAAAGUUAAUGAUACCAUUAACAAAUAUGCUAUUACACCUUCCUUAAAGCAAGAUAGUUCACUAAAGAAAUUGAAGAUGAUCAAUGAAUGCUUUUCCAAGGCAACGGUUGAAAAUAUAUUAUCAUCUUUGGUGGAUCUCUCUAUAAAGAAUGAAGAUAAGUUGAUUAUUCAUUCUAUAAGAUCAAUGAAAGAUGGUUCCCCAUCUAACCUAAAAAUCUUCCUCAAAUUGAUUAGAGAAGGGCGAAUGCAAAAACUCGAAAAAUGUUUUGUUCGUGACUAUAAUAUCAAUGUCAAUAUAUUCUCAGCAAAAUUUUCUAGUGACAUUAUAGAGGGUACUAGAGCGAUGUUAAUCGAAAAGGAUAACAAGCCUCGGUGGAAUCCAUCAUGUCUAGAGGAAGUGAAGGAAGAAUUUGUGAAUAAACAUUUUGAGGAAAUUGAUGAUGAUGAGUUCCAGCCUCUGGUUCUAGAUGCUUCUAGAACCCUCAAUCAUAGACUGAUCUCUAUGAUGCGCCCAAACCUAUGA